CGUUAUGGAAAACAGCCUGGCUGGUUUUUUCUUAAUAAAAUUAAAUGUGCAACUGACAUAUGAUCCAGCAAUUGCACUCUUGGGCAUUUGUGCCAAGGAAAGAAAAAUUUAUUUUCAUGCGAUAUCUGUACCUGAAUGUUCACUGGAAUUUUAUCCAAUACCCCAAAACUGGAAACAGCCCAGAUGUCCUUAAAUGGAUGAAUGGUUAAACAAACUGUAUUACAUAUAUGCCAUCAGGUACUACAAAUCAAUAAAAAACACAAACUAGUGAUAAACACAACAACUUGGGUGAAAUUUUAGAUAAUUAUGCUGAGUAAAAACAGUCAUCAAUUCCAAAAGGUUACCAUGAUUCCUUGUAUAUAACAUUUAUGAAAUGACAGAAUUUUAGAAAUGAAAGAUUAGUGGUUGUUCAUGGUUAGGACAGGAAUGAGGUGCAGGAUGGAGGUGAGUGUGAUUAUAAAAAUGUCAACAUGAGGGGUCUUUGUGGUGAUGGAACUGUUCAGUAUCUUGACUGUGGUGGUGAAUACACAAAUCUACACAUGAUAGAAUAUAGAAUUAAAUGUGCAUGUGCACACACACAGCAGUACAUAUAAAACUGGAGAAAUAUGAAUAAGGUUGAUAGGUUUUAUCAAUGUCAGUAUCCUGGUUGUGAUAGUAUACCAUCAUCUUACAAAAUGUUACCAUUGCUGGGAACUGGGUAAAGUAAACAUGAGAUCUGUCUUAUUUCCUAGAACUGCACGUGAAUCUACAAAUAUAUAAAUAAAAAUUUCAAUUAAAAAUUAUUGAGGACCCCAAAAAGAAACUGAUAUGUUUUGCCUGAGAUUUACCCAAUUUUAAAACUAUAAGUCCCACAUUCAAGGAAUUCCCUUGGUACUGGGAAAACUGGGUCAGUUGUUCUCUAUACUCCCAGACAGUUUUGGGUCCCUGGACCAGACUUUAAGAACCUGUGUAAGGCUGCCCUUAAUACAGAAGAAAUUCUCAGUUAGGUGUUAUUACCUCACCAUCAUCUAGAAUUUGAGUAUCUUCAUAUGAUAAUUUGUUAGAAACUCCCCUCCCCUUACCCCAGCGAGACCCAAAAAAGCUCAGUUUUCUUGUAUGAUUUAUUCUGCCUUCUCCCCCUCACCUUGGAUUCUUCAAAUAAGAUGUCUUUAUAAGUGUUCUGUGAUGAAACAGUGUUAUCAGAAUGUGAGUAUGUACUAUUUUUUUAUGAUUAUCUUUUCAGGUCAGGUUAGUGUGGUGCAAGUGACCGUCCCAGACAGUUUCGUGAACGUGACUGUUGGAUCUAAUGUCACUCUCGUCUGCAUCUAUACCACCACUGUGGCCUCCCGAGACCAGCUUUCCAUCCAGUGGUCUUUCUUCCAUAAGAAGGAGAUGGAGCCAGUUUCUAUUUACUUUUAUCAAGGUGGACAAGCUGUAGCCAUCGGACAAUUUAAAGAUCGAAUUACAGGGUCCAACGAUCCAGGUAAUGCGUCUAUCACUAUCUCACAUAUACAGCCAGCGGACAGUGGAAUUUACAUCUGUGAUGUUAACAACCCCCCAGACUUUCUCGGCCAAAACCAAGGCGUCCUCAACGUCAGUGUGUUAGUGAAACCUUCUAAGCCCCUUUGUAGCAUUCAAGGAAGACCAGAAACUGGCCACACUAUUUCCCUUUCCUGUCUCUCUGCGCUUGGAACACCUUCCCCUGUGUACUACUGGUAUAAACUUGAGGGAAGAGACAUCGUGCCAGUGAAAGAAAACUUCAACCCAACCACCGGGAUUUUGGUCAUUGGAAAUCUGACAAAUUUUGAACAAGGUUAUUAUCAGUGUACUGCCAUCAACAGGCUUGGCAAUAGUUCCUGCGAAAUCGAUCUCACUUCUUCAUAUCCAGAAGUUGGAAUCAUUGUUGGGGCCUUGAUCGGUAGCCUGGUAGGUGCCGCCAUCAUCAUCUCUGUUGUGUGCUUCGCAAGGAAUAAGGCAAAAGCAAAGGCAAAAGAAAGAAAUUCUAAGACCAUCGCGGAACUUGAGCCAAUGACAAAGAUAAACCCCAGGGGAGAAAGCGAAGCAAUGCCAACAGAAGACGCUACCCAUCUAGAAGUAACUCUACCACCUUCCAUUCAUGAGACUGGCCCUAAUAACAUCCAAGAACCAGACUAUGAACCAAAGCCUACUCAGGAGCCUGCCCCAGAGCCUGUCCCAGGAUCAGAGCCUAUGGCAGUGCCUGAUCUUGACAUCAAGCUGGAGCUAGAGCCAGAAACGCAGUCGGAAUUGGAGCCAGAGCCAGAGCCAGAGUCAGAGCCUGGGGUUGCAGUUGAGCCCUUAAGUGAAGAUGAAAAGGGAGUGGUUAAGGCAUAGGCUGGUGGCCUAAGUACAGCAUUAAUCAUUAAGGAACCCAUUAGUGCCAUUUGGAAUUCAAAUAACCUAACCAACCUCCACCUCCUCCCUCCAUUUUGACCAACCUUCUUCUAACAAGGUGCUCAUUCCUACUAUGAAUCCAGAAUAAACACGCCAAGAUAACAACUAAAUCAGUGCAAGCGUUCCUGCAUUACCAAUACAGAAUACUAACAAUUUUACUAACAUGUAAGCAUAACAAUUGACAAGGCAAGUGAUUUCUAACUUAGUUGAGUUUUGCAACAGUACCUGUUAUUUCAGAAAAUAUUAUUUCUCUCUUUUUAGUUAUGCUUUUUUUUUCUUUUUUCUUAGACAGAGUCUUGCUCCAUCACCCAGGCUAUGAUGGUAGUGGCGCGAUCUCGGCUCACUGCAACCUCUGCCUCCCGGGUUCAAGUGAUUCUCCUGCCUGAGCCUCCUGAGUAGCUGGGACGACAGGCACGUGCCACCAUGCCCGGCUAAUUUUUUUGUAUUUUUAGUAGAGACGGGGUUUGACCGUGUUAGCCAGGAUGGUCUCCAUCUCCUGACCUCAUGAUCCACCCACCUUGGCCUCCCAAAGUGCUGGGAUUACAGGCGUGAGCCACUGCGCCCAGCCUCUUUUUAGCUACUCUUAUGUUCCACGUGCACAUAUGACAAGGUGGCAUCAAUUACAUUCAAUAUUAUUUCUAGGAAUAGUUUCCCAUUCAUUUUUAUAUUGACCACUAAGAAAAUAAUUCAUCAGCAUUAUCUCAUAGAUUGAAAAAUUUUCUCCAAAUACAAUAGAGAAUAUGUAAAGGGUAUAUAUUAAUUGGUAUAUAGCAUUUAAAAUCAGGUCUUAUAAUUAAUGCUUCAUUCCUCAUAUUAGAUUUCCCAAGAAGUCACCCUGGUUUCCAAUAUCUGAGCACAGCAAAUUUAAAAAAUAACACAAUUGCACGCCUGUAAUCCUAGCACUUUGGGAGGCCGAGGCAGCUGGAUCACCUGAGGUCAGGAGUUCGAGACCAGCCUGACCAAAAUGGUGAAACCCCCGUCUCUACUAAAUAUACAAAAAUUAGCUGGGUGUGGUAGUGCAUGCCUGUAAUCCCAGCUACUUGGGAGGCUGAGGCAGGAGAAUCACUUGAACCCAGGAGGUGGAGGUUGCAGUGAGCCGAGAUUGCACCACUGCACUCCAGCCUGGGCAACAGAGUGAGACUCCAUCUCAAAAACAAAAACAAAAACAGAAAACAAGCAAACAAAAAACAAAAAAUCCCCACAACUUUGUCAAAUAAUGUACAGGCAAACAUUUUCAAAUAUAAUUUCCUUCAGUGAAUACAAAAUGUUGAUAUCACAAGUGAUGUACAAUUUAGUUUUGAAUGAGUUAUUAUGUUAUCACUGUGUCUGAUGUUAUCUACUUUGAAAGGCAGACCAGAGAAGUGUUCUAAAUGAACACUUAAGAUCUAUUUUAGAUAAUUUCAACUAAUUAUUUAAAUAACCUGUUUUAAUGCCGGUACAUACCACAUUAAUAAAGCGAUACCAAUCUUAUAUGAAUGCUAAAUAUUACUAAAAUGCACUGAUAUCACUUCUUCUUCCCCUGUUAAAAAGCUUUCUCAUGAUCAUAUUUCACCCACAUCUUGCCUUGAAGAAACUUACAGGUAGACUUACCUUUUCACUUGUGAAAUUAAUCAUAUUUAAAUCUUACUUUAAGGCUCAAUAAAUAAUACUCAUAAUGUCCCAUUUUAAUGACUUCUAAGGCUAGUCCUUUUAUAAACAACUUUCCUGACAUAGCAUUUAUGUAUAAUAAACCAGACAUUUAAAGUG